AUAUCCCCGGCCAACGCUUCAAUCUUUUUUUUGGCUUCAAAAGCCAAGAUGGUCCGACAAUUCUCCAAGUUCCCCAAGAAGCCUGCCAACUGGCUAUCCCCAUCCGCACCACUUUCCCAGCGAAAGCAGGUCUUUCUCCCAGACUUCACAAUCGCACUCAUCCGCACACCUUUUCUCCCUCCGCGAUAUGCCUCCUUCUACGUGCCCUUGAAUUUCAACAAGCUCGACAUGCGCGAUUACCUGAAACGCCUAUAUGGAGUCGAUGUCCUCGGAGUCCGCAGUUACGUCGAGCAACAAAAGGUUACUCGUCUCCGACCACUAGGGAAAUUCGGCUACGGCAAGUUGAGACGACCGAUGGCCAAGAAGAAGAUGACCGUUGAGAUGAAGCAGCCGUUUGUGUGGCCCGAUGCGCCGACGGACAUGGCCCCAUGGGAGAAGGAUCAAUUCUUCAAGGCCGCCAAAUACCAGAGCGAAAUCCAAGACAAGCAACGACCAGACGCGGGAAUGAAGGCGAACAAGGAUGAGCGUGAGACCUUUGAAGAAGAUGCAAAGAAGCUGCUGGACGGCUCGAAAUCCUGGCGUCCUACCUGGCAAGCACUGGGCUUGAACUACAAUCGGUCGAUACUUGGUGCUACCAAGGGAUCUGCUCCGAGCAGUUCGUAAAUGCUAGCAAAACCUGGGCUUUUUUUUUUUUUUUUUUUCUUUCUUUUU